AUGCAUGUUGCAAAGACCAUCAAAUAUCUACUCCUCUUAACGAAUCAUUUAAUCGCCGCGUAUAUCCCCAGCGAAGCCACUGUAUCUUCGCAACGUAUCCAUAGGAGUACGGCAUCCGAUCUCGAUAUCUCACAGCCAGAGUCCAUGCUGGGCCGCGAUAUUCGAUUUCCCUUAGUUACCAGACAAGCGGGAGAUGGAGAGAGCUGUGAAAGAAAGGCUCGAUGUAAGAAGAACAAGAUUCGAGACCCGUCCGACCCAACCAAAUGCAUCAAGUGCCCACCGCUCAUGAAGUCGGAUCCCACGAAGACAGUUUGCGUCAGAGACAACGAUGUGAGUGAGGAGGACAAGAAGAAAACCUACGAAGAUAAGAUCAAAGAGAAGAUCAAGGAGAAGUUUGAGAAGUUCAAGGAACUGAUCAAAGAGCGCCUGGAGAAAAAGAAAGAAGAAAAGAACAAGGAAUGGGAGGAAAAGGACAAACAGAGACGAUCUGAAAGAAAUCAGAAGAAAUUUCGCCGUAUGGCUGUAUGUCUUCCUCUUGCUGCCGCUGCCAUUGGUACGGAGGCUAUGCUUGAGAUGGCUGACGGCGGCUUCUCAUUGGACUUGCUGGACAGCAUCAAUGGGGAUAUGCUUGAAGUAUGGCCUGGUUCUGAUAUCGACGACGAGUGGCUGGACAACGCAGUGCCUGACGAUGAGAGCGAUAUCCUCCAAGAAGAGUUCGCAAAAGGAUUCCUGGAGGUUGGCGACGCGGCUGCUGAGCAAGCAAAGCGAUCUAUGGAGAAAAGAGACGACUCCACCAAUAUCGACACCACUUCACCGCAAGAGAGCCCAUCCACUGACAAACGAAACUUUAUUAACGCCAUUGCCAACCUGUUCAGGUCGGCUGUCAGUGCUGUUAUAUCCAUGGCUAAGGCAAUUUCCAAAACAGUCGGAGCAGCUGCCCGUGCGACAAAAUUCUUCUCCAAUGGUCGAAAACCCAAUCUGAAGCGCCCAGGUGAGUCGAAGUGGUCUCGUGCGCAGCAGUUAGACAAGGCCAAAGAGAUAUCGAAGAAUAAGAAUUGGACAAAAUGCCUUCGAGGUGAGAAGGCUGAGAAGUAA